CAAUGAACUUUUAACAUGCUAUUGGAUGUAAUCAGUAACCGGUACUGUUAAUAAAAUUUGAAUUGAUUGAAUCAAUAAUUUUCUUGUUGACCUAAUCAUUAAUCGGUUGUCAAGGAGAAACACCUGUUUGCCCAUCACUGAAAGGAGGCUGUUAUCAGCAGUGGAGUGGAGAUGUGAACUGCGAGAUACUUGGCAGUGUUGCUGAAUUUCUGCUUUCCACACUGGAGUUUUAAUGUACAAAGUUAGGACUACUUGUUUAAAUAGUUUGCAUAUUAAUGCUUUAUAUAUUUAGAACAGUUUCUGCUGCUAAGACUGCAACAAAGUCAAAUGGUAUAGACAAAUUUGGUUUGAGGCUCGCUUGUGUUGCAUAGGCCUUCUUCUCAGUUGUCUGGACUUGGCCAGGUUAUCUUUGCAGACUUUCAAGAAAUCAUAGCUUGGUAAAAAUGUCAGAAUCUGAUGAAGAAGAUACUUCGAAAGAUCGUCAAAUCAAAGUAACAUUGGUUGGGGAUGGCACAGCAGGGAAAACAUCCAUUUGCAUGCGUCUUGCAAAGGAACAAUUUGGGAAGGCUUACAAGCAGACACUUGGCUUGGAUUUUUUCCUGAAAAGGCUGACAUUGCCAGGCCAUAUCAAUGUCACAUUGCAAGUUUGGGACAUUGGUGGACAGCAGCUUGGUGGCAACAUGCUUGAAACCUACCUUUUUGGAGCACAGGCCGUGCUUUUGAUCUAUGAUGUUACGAAUCACAGCAGUUUUGAAAACGUCAGCGACUGGGUGGAUGUGAUCAAGAGCACAGUGGGUCCAGAUGCUAAACUACCUUAUCUGGCACUUGUAGGAAACAAAGUUGAUUUGGAGCACAUGCGUAUCGUAAAGGCAGAGAAACAUGCAGAGUUUGCCUUGACUAACAACAUGCACAGCUUUUUCAUAUCCGCAAAAACGGGCGAUCAGGUCGACUAUUGCUUCAGGAAAAUCGCUGCGGAAAUUCUCGGAGUGAAAUUAUCCAAAGCUGAAGUGGAGAAAACAUCCCGUGUUAUCAAAGCAGAAAUUGUGAACUACAAUAACCUUCAACCAGCAAAGCCUGUGCAGCCACAGACUAAGAGCUCUUUUUGUGUUCUGCAAUAACACUUGGUUGCUGAUUAGUUCAAAAUGUAAGUGACUUGUUCGAUGUUUUUCUAACUAUAACGAACAGGAUGCGAAACUGCAUCAAAGCUAACCUAAUUUGCAAGCACUUGUGUCUACCUUCCUUUCGUAAGACGAAUGGAUCACCAGAUACAAACAAAACAGGGUGCUGUAUCUAAGGAUAGGCUUCCUCUGCUCACUGCUGAUAGGAAACGGAUCCUCAUGAGGAAUGUAAUUGUUUUCGAAACGUUUUCAGUUCCAUUUUUUCUUAACGGAGCCCUAAUCAAGCGUGGGUUCAAGCAUUUGAUUGGUGUAUCGCAAAACUGAUCGCAUUGCUCACAAGAAGUGGCUUGUGCGAAUUAUACGUAAUUUUCAAGCUGCCGUUGAAAAAUUAGCUGCUCGUCUCUUGGCUGUUCAUUCGUAUGAUUUGCAACAAAAAUGGAAGCCUUUUCCCACCGUUAAAAUUCAGGCUGGAUUUGGCUCCUCGGUAUUUUUUCGUUUUUGGGGUCUGGUUCAUAUGACGUCAUUUUGAAGUAUCCGCCAGUCAUCAUUCCUCUAUUGGACUCUGGCAUCAACGAGCGUCCGUCUAUACUUGAAAAUUCAUGCACAAGUGACCAGUGCUACGAGUCUCGAUCAAAAGCAAUAUAGGAGAUGCCUGAAAAUAUAGCAAGGGCACAAAAGACACAGCUGAAGCCUUUGAUGUCAAGAAUAAGCAGCAAUGAGACAUUUAGUCCAGUAAGGCUAGCUUGCUCUAGGAACAGUUAGCUUCGUUCUGGCUGUUUUGUAGAAGCAAAUUUAUUUGAUAAGACAAAGAGCUCAAUCUUCUUCUUCAAGUGGAGAAAUGUCCUGUUUUAAAUGAGGUGUAACACGAUGUGUAUGACAAGCUAACCCUAGACAACUACUGUUUUUAAGACAGAAAUGUUUUUCAGAUCAUGUAAUGUCGAAACGUAAAUAUCAUUACACCCCAAGUAUCCUUAGACCCCGUUUACACUUGACCCGAGCGAAUUUUUUCUCGAUAGAAUUUGUCCUAAUAGGCGGUGCGUUUACACUAGACCUGGUAUAUCCGAGCAUCUUUAUCAUCUUGUGACGACAAAGAACCUAGCAAAAAUUUGUUUGUGCGCAGAAAGUGAAGUUCUGAUAAGACGGCCUCCAGCUAACUGAAAAGAAGUGAGACAUGGCCAGGUUGUUGUUGCUUUUGUCACACAAUCGUCUGUGCAUGCCCCGACAGUACAAGUGUGGUCCAAGCCAAAGGUGGAUAGGAUUUGUUAAAUCUAGUGUAAAAGGGCCGUCCACAGGACAAAUUUGUCUGAAUAAAUUUUGAACGGCACAGUAUGAAUAUGGCCUUAGUUGACCGUUAUCGACUCAAAUACUUUAGGCAGAAAGCUAGAUUCUUUUAGGUCACUUUAGGCAGAAAGAAAACAUGUUGUUUUGAAAUAUCUUUGACAUGCAAAAAGAAACGUUGUAAGUUUUUCCUCUCUAAGAAUUCAGUGGUUUUGAUGUUGUGAGAUCUUCACAUUUCAAUUAUCACCCUUUUUGAUCUUAUCAUCAUUGCUAUUGUGCCCAAAAAAGGCUGUGCAAACACGGCUUUCACCCAAACCAUUGUUCUUUUCUUGAAGCCAAGCACCUUGCUUCUUAUACCAAACACAGACGUUGCCCCUUCGCUAUCAUCACCCAUUUCAAGUCGUUGCCCAACCACUUUUGUUAUUAGCUAAGCAUUUUUAACGGUCGCCACUAAUUUGUAAAUCGAUACUUUGAUGUUAAACGUCUUUUUGUAUUUAUUUGAUAUAGUAUUUGUUCUUGAAAGGUCUGUUAGCAAAGUAUGAUUGUGCACGUUGUGGUGACUCACGAUGGAUUUUAUUCAUUAGAAUAUUAAUACUCCGA